AUGCUGUCUUUAUACAUAGGUGUUUAUAAGGCAAUCUAUGAUUAUUCCGCCCAGGCAGAGGAAGAAUUAACGGUACAGGCUGAUGAUUUAUUGUACUUGUUGGAAAAGUCGGAUGUUGACGAUUGGUGGAAAGUAAAAAAGAGAGAGGUUGCAACUGGUGAUGAGGAAGUAGAGGAGCCAAGCGGAUUAGUCCCUGCAAACUACAUUGAGCCAGCCCCUGUCGUGAAGACUGCUAGCGCAUUGUACGAUUAUGAUAAACAAACGGAAGAAGAAUUAUCGUUUAAAGAGGGUGAAAAAUUCAAUGUUUACGACUUGAAAGACCCAGAUUGGUUACUCGUGGGUGACUUGUUGACUCAAACUCAAUUUGGGUUUGUUCCAUCUAAUUAUAUUGAGCUUGACUUGAGUUCUUCAGCUCCACCAAUAACUCCUACACCGGUUAGCAAUGGGCUGACAGGGGUGCAACAGCCACUUCCUAUCAGCUCGUUUGCUCCACCUCCACAGCAUAAGCAGAGAGUCGCGUCUUCAUCUCCUGCUUAUAAAAACGACCAAGAAUUACCUCCUUUGCCUCAUCAACAGGAUGAAUAUGAAACUCCAAUUAAACCAGCAAGGCCCGUCCAACAAGAAAGAGAAGAACCCGAAGAUAUGGAUGACGAAGCACCGCCUCCUAUGCCUAGCAGACCGGGUCAAUCUCGAUCUCAGAGCCAGAACCAUAUAUCCAAUUCUAUUUCAAAUGCAACUUCAGUUGGCUCCCCAUCUCAAUACGAGAAUGAAGAGCAAGUUGAACCUGAGCACAAGUUCGAUGGUGAAUACUUUACUUGGUACAUAAAUGAAGUGGAUGGUCGUAGAAAGAGAGCUAUCACUUUAUCCGUUGGACAAGGUCUUGUUAUUUUAAAGCCGACAGUUUCUAGUUCCAAGCUUUCAAUGAAAUCUUCUUCGAACAUUGACCAGCAGUGGAAAGUUAGAGAUUUGAUUAACUUCAGUAACGAAAAGAAGCACUUGUUUUUAGAGUUCAAGAAUCCUCAAAGCUCUAUUGAAUUGCAUACUGGUACCAAAGAUGUUGCCGAAGCGAUCAUGUCGAUUUUAGGUGACAUUAAGGGAGCUGAAUCGGAACGUGGCUUAAAGGAAGUAUUAAGAGCAUCCAAGCCAUCAAACAAUGCUAGUAAUAAGAGAAUUGGAAGGUUACUAUAUGAUUUCGAAGCUCAAAGUGGCGAUGAAUUGCAAUGCAGAGAAGGAGAUGAAGUAUACAUUAUAAAUGAAAGUAAGUCUAAAGAUUGGUGGAUGGUUGAAAACAUUGAUUCUGGGCGUCAAGGUGUUGUCCCUUCAUCAUAUAUUGAAAUCAUUGGCAGCUCCAAUUUGGAUAAACUAACGGACCAGCCACUGCGUAAAAAGUCUGUUAAUAGAAGUUCCUCAACUAAGGGAAGGGUUGUUGACGCUAAGGAAAGCAAACACAAACAUCGUUCUCGAGACGAAAGGGAUAAGAUUAGAGAAAGGGAUCGUCUACAAAGAGAUAAAUCCUCUUCAUCAAAACAUGACUCUAAGGAGCAUGAUAAAUCAAUGCCAAAUAUUCAUAGAGUUCGAACUUGGAUUGAUAGUUCUGGUUCCUUCAAAGUCGAAGCAGAAUUCUUGGGAUGUAUUGAGGGUAAAAUACAUUUACAUAAGACCAAUGGGGUGAAGAUUGCAGUUGGAGCGACAAAAUUAUCUUUGGAAGAUUUAGAAUAUGUUGAAAAGGUUACUGGAACAUCCUUAGAAUCAUAUAAGAAGGAAGUUGAAAGAUUGAACUUGAAGAGAGCCAAGAGCUCUAGAGGACUGAGUGGUGUAGGUGUUAGCAAGUCGGCUACUGCGGCAAUCAAUGAUAUCGCACCAGAAAAGCCAACCAGGCCAUCUUCGAAGAGCAAAGCUACAACUGCAAUUACCGAACCAGACUACGACUGGUUUGAGUUCUUCCUUUCAUGUGGUGUUGAUAUUGGAAAUUGUCAACGUUAUUCUCUUAAUUUCAGUCGUGAACAGAUGGAUGAGAAUGUCCUCCAAGACAUUUCACCAUCUCUUUUACGUACCUUAGGGUUGAGAGAAGGUGAUAUCAUAAGAGUUAUGAAAAUGUUAGACAAUAAAUGCAAUAGAAAGUCUAAUGCUCCAUCUGACGUUGCAACAUCUACCUCAGGAGGUGGAUUAUUUACUGAAGCUGGAGGUGCAUUGAAAAACAAUAACAAUUCAGCACUUGAAGUUAACAGAGUGGAUGCUAAAGCGUUACCAUCUCCUCAAAAGCAAUUACCUGAUCCGCUUGCUAAUCUUGCUGGUACAAGUAAAUUUGAAGACGAUGCUUGGGCAGUUAAACCAGCCGCUAGAUCAAGUGAAGAUUUAUUAAAAUCUCAAAAUACAUCAGAAAAGCCAGCUACACCUCAAUACACUGGAUCUUUACAAGAUUUAGUAAGUAUUAAGCCAAUAGAAGUGGGUAACUCUUCAAAUAGAACAUACCAAACAUCUAAUGCGACCGUGGAGCCAUCAGCACCUGCAUUACAGCCUGUUAAGACUGGAACGUUGAUUCAGCCAGGACAACAGUUUUCUGUACAGAAAACUGGCGGAAAUACGAGUAAUGGUGGCAUUGCUGGUCAGCAAACUGGAGGCCUAAUUCCAGUUCAGCGUACUGGAAAUCUCGUACCUGUGCAACAAACAGGCGGUUUAAUUCCCGUCCAACCUACUGGUUUCAUGCCUAUUCCUGCCCAACCAACCGGCUUCAUGCCAAUUCAAGCAACUGGUGGGUUAGCUCCUCAGUUCACCUACGGAAUUAUUCCAUUACAGACUGGUGUAACUACAUUCCAGCAACAGAAGACUGGCGGCACAAUGCCAUUCACCACUUUUGGUCAACCUACUCUUCAACAAACUGGUACGUUUGUCCCAGUACAAACUGGUAAUUUUUCAGCAAUGCCCACUACUAGUUUUGGCCAACCGCUUUCAUUACAAAAGACUGGACCCUUAGUUCCAGUUCAAAAGACAGGCGGAAAUACAACUGGUGGAUUUAUGCCCACAAAUACUUUUGGUCAAAUUCAGCAACCAGUAGGUGGAUUUGUAGGUAACCAAGCAACUGGUGGAUUUGUAGGUGGUCAACUCACUGGAGGAUUUCAACAACAACAACAGCAACAGCAACCUUUUGGUCAGUUCCAAUCUCAACCUACUACUUCAUUUGGCAGCUUCCCACAAAACACUUUUAACCAAGUCCCACCUCAGAACACUUUCAAUCAAGCUCCACCUCAAAAUUCAUUCAACCAAUUCCAACCACAAGCCACUUUCAAUCAACCUCAAAAUUCAUUUGGUCAGUUCCAGCCACAGCAGUCCUUUGGACAAAUGCCUCAAUCGACCUACCAGACCCCACAAGCAUCAUUUGGGCAACAACAAUUUAAUCUGUUCCAGCCACAGCAGCAGCAACAGCCUAAUAUUGGCCAAAUGACCAAUAUGUUCCAAAAUACGUCAAUUGGCCAACCACAACAAUCCUUCCCAACGACAUCCUUUGGACAACAACAGUUUGACGGAUUUAACCCGCAACCUCUCCAAUCACAACCAACUGGUGCUGGAUUCGGAAAUGCUCCAUUACAAUCACAACCAACAGGGCAGAGAAGGGCGAACUUACAAUCGGCAACUGCUGACAAUCCAUUCGGAUUUUAG